UGAGUCUAGAACUCUGGCAUCGAACGAGCGUUUAGUUGUGACGUAGCCGUCAUAACUAUCGCAGUUCCGUAGCCCGAGCGCGGAAGGCGUAAGAUUUUCCGCUAACUUCGCACCAUUGUUUGCUGCUUACUUUUUAAAUCAUCUGAUUUCAAGAAAUUCCAUACCCUCGCUAGCAGCCUCCUAAGUUGUAGCAUACAAGCAUUGGUUUCUUAUUCUAGCUACUGAUAGAGUUUGAGAUACAUCAGACUUUGUUUAUUUUUGUAACCAGUCUUUACGCUACUAGAUAACCAAGUGGUACAUUUUGAAUAUACUAUUAUUUUCAUUUGCUUGUUAUUGAAGUUUAAAAUUUUGAGUUUAUUCGCCGGAAGCAUCAGAUCUGAAGCAGACGACAAAUACGUCUGGCUGUGUUGACCAUCUUUAGUGCCAGCAGGAACAGCAGAAAGGAGCUAGACACUAGACAAUGGACCUCUCCAUGCUAGUAGUGGUGUUUUCGCUUCUGCUGACCACUGACCACGUGAUCUCCUUCACCAUCAGCAGCCGACACGAGCGCAGCACCGACCUGGCCGACGCCCUCGCCAUCCUCCAACGUCAGCGACGGCGGGCCGGUCACGUGGACGUGGGGCGGGGCCUCGGCAGCCGACCCCUGUCCAUCGAUGACGUCACGGACUGGUUGAGCCGCUCACGUGAGCGCGACCCCCAGGAUGACGUGUACAUUGACCCCCUAUGGGUCUCUGAGGGAAGUUUCAAGGAGUUUGACCCCCGCGGGAACUACCUGCUGCCCUCAGACAACCUCCCAGCCCAGCCUCUGUCGGUGGAGCCAUCACGCAAGGAACUUGAGGACAUCUUCAGCUCUGAAGAUUCCCCAAAGGUCAAGCCGGCCUUCGAUGACUUACCGGAGAAGAAGAAGAAAGAAGAGAUGUUGGAGGUGAAAGGCGACAAGAAAAUUGUCCAGAAAAAGUCUGUGGGCACUGAAAUGUCCGCCAUCGUAUCAGCAGCAAACGCCAUGAUAAAGGAAGACGACGAUAACAUUUCACUCGAUUCCUUGACGAAAGAAGAGUUUAAAACUCUGAUGAAAGCUGUGAGUAAGCUCCAGAAACAAGCGUCUAAAAUAAGCGACAAGAAAGCCGACGGUGAGGAAAAGGUGACGAUUAUUGAAAAAGUCGAGAAGGAACCUACGCAGGUAGUGUCGGUCGUUCAGCCUGCAAGCAACGACGAAUUGAAAACUGUUUUUGAGGAAACGGUGAAGCCAAUCGUCAAGGAAACCGAUGUCAUCGUUGAGAGUCCAAAAGGCACAAAAACUGAACAAUUUAUCGAGGAGGAUUUAGUACCGACAGGAGGGCAGGCAGAGAGUAAGGAAAUCAAAGAAGCUGAAAAAGAACUCAGCAACGCUUUAGCUACGGAGCUAGAAGCUGAAAUCACAGAAGAAGCGAUGAAGGAAUCAAUCGAAGCUGAAAAACAAGAACUUGAAGAUGAAUUCAACGAUAAAAAUAUAGCGACGUUAGAACGGUACUGGGUGAUGAACAAAUAUCUCGGCAAUAAUGAGAGAAAAAAGAGAACUGUAAAGCGAGAGUCCGACUCGAUGAACCAACUCCCCAUCAAAGUGCUGGGCGUCAACGACAUAGGCAGGAGUUACGAUAAAGACGGCGUGUUUGAUGUGGAGCCCAGCGCUCCCCACAUCGACGUGUUCGUGGCCAAGAUUCUUGAGCUACAAGACGAGGUGGACCGUCUUAAGAUGGUGGCCAAGUUGGAAGAUCUAGAGAACGACGUGCUGACGGACGCGUUGAACGAGGCCACACUGGCCCAGAAGGAAGGAUCUGUCUCGGACACGGAGUUCGAAUCCCUGCAACAGGCCAUUAGGAUAGAGGAAGCUCUACAGGAUCUAAAGAACAGUGCGGACUUCCUAGGGGAGGAGCCCACUAUGGCAAAACGGGGUGAGCCUUGGAAGAGACAGAAGAAAGAUGACGACGAUGAGCUGAUUCCUCCAAUAGGUAAAAAGUUGACAAAAGCCGACAUUGAGCAGCUUCUAGGUGAGCAGUACCUGGUUAAAGAAACAGACGACGAUACGGACCCAGCCAUCGCCUCGCUGUUUGUCAAGAACGCAGAUGAAUGCCCCGCUGUCCAGGCAUACAGCACCAACUGUGAACUCGCUGACCUCUACUCUCUACCUGUGGACACGGAGGCCAGGUCGCUGUGUAACAUUCACGAGAUGUGUUACGCCUGUGGCCACUCCCUGGGCGUAUCACGUGACCACUGUGACAACGUGUACCGUGCCGCGGCCACCGCCCUCUGCCUGAAGAAAGAAAACUGUGUCUUGGAGGCCGAGAUUUUCCUGCGGACCAUGAAGCUCAAGAACCGCUACGUCCCCCACCCCCAGCCCCAGUGCCGGAGCUCCUGCACCGCCAGGUUCCUGGGCAUGCUUUGAGGGGCACGCCAUGCUGCCGUUUCUUCAGGGUGGGGGGAGGGGGGUAUGGGCAUGGGGGGAAGUUAAAAUAAAAAUUAUACGCCUCAAACAUGUUUGAUUUUAGACGCUCGAUCUAAUGAAAAUAAAAAUAAAGUAAAAAAAAAAACAUGUUUAUGUAUUUUUAUAUUUUGAAACAAAUUCAUGAAGUGGUAAAAUCAAGUAUUGUUAAACGAGAAUAAACUUAACAAGGGUAAAGACAGAAGGUAAGAAAACGUUGCAAAACGCACAUACCUUUAGUUUUAAACAAGACGCCACUAAACAUACAUUAAGUUAAUUAUUAAUUAUGAAUUAAGUUUCUACAAAAAUAAGUUCUGGUGACAGUAGUACCCUGUGUUAUGUGUGGUGUUACUCAACUCAAUUUAUACUUAUUUUUGUACUAAACGGCUUUAUGAAAGAAACUCUUGUCCUUUGCUAAAAAAAUGCCAUAGUUAUUUUGUACCUGUCUGGUAUAAUAUUUUGCUAUUUGUUACACAAUGAUAAUAUUUCAAGUUUUCAUUGUCUGUUUAUGAAACUGUAAAAUAAUUUAAAAUUAUUAAUUUGAUUGAACUUUUUCAGUUAUGUUUAUGUGAUUUGUGUUCAUGAAAAUAUAUUUUCCCGACAACUCUAAAAACUUGUAUUUUAGAAAACAUUACGGAACAUUAAAACAGAUAAAUAUUAGAAAACAUUACGGAACAUUAAAACAUAAAACAUGCUUACAAUUCGAGAUUACUUUAUAAAUAUGACGUAGCAAAUCUUCAUUUCAGAGUUAAGUGAAUAUAAUAAAUAAUCGUUAUCUGAUUUUAAAAAAAUUAACUAAUGUUCAUGCUACGAAAGUUAAAUGAUUAAAUAUCAAAAUAGCCAACGCAUUCCGUUGUAUUCAAUUAAACAAGCUCCAUUCAUAUUAAUUUAGAGUUGAAAUCUAGAAGCUGAACUACUGAACAUUCCCGAAUUCUAAUCUACUUGCAUUCAUUAAUUAAAGUUGUCGACGGACGAACGUAAAUUAAUUCAUUUUGUCACUAAUUAGUUGUCUGUUUUCAACCGCGCUCAUCUGCUUCAUUUGUCCCCACCCUCCGGAUUAACCCUUUCAACGUGGGCUUAUAACAUAUUGAAAACUUUCAUUUUUAUUGAAUUAAUUGCGUUUUAUUUUUUAUUUUUUCAUGUCUGUAAAAGUCCUAAAAAAAACCUACAAUCAUGUAAUUUACGCAUUAUUUAUUCCCUGUGAAAAAAGUCGAGUUUUUGUAUUUAUUUCAAACACCAAUCAGCACGUUCCGCCACGUGGCAGUGUACUUCUAAGACAGCCAAUCAUUUUCCAGCAGGUUUUGUAGCAGACGAUAUGGUUGUGUCAACACGUAGGCCUGGUCUCAGGACCGAGAUGGAAGCCACAAAACCCCCGAGGCAUCGCUUUGGUAAAACGCCUCGUUGAAGAAAAACAAUUUUAAUGGCGCUACAUUCGUUACAAAAAUUUCACAGCUAAAUAUAAUGUUUAAAAAUCGAAUAUCUUUCAACUUUUGAGUGAUAUUUUUAAAACGAGUUAAACCGGAAGUCCACUACCACGUGAUAACUACUCACUCGUAUGUGAGUUAAUGCAGGAAGCGGGCGACAUGUUCUAAUCGCUUAAACCAACAAUUUUAUCCACGCGAAAGUCAACUAUCCUGAUAUCGUUUGUUGUUUUAUGAAAUGACCCUUCAUUUAUAGCCAAAUUCUCCCCGCAUCGUGAGCUUCGGUAAAUCCGUUAAUAACUGUUUUGUUUAUGUUACGUCAUAUUUAGGAUCCACCAUUUCAUUCAGGUUCUCCCGAACUGUCAAUAUUCUUUAUUUUCUGUUCUUUCAUUGGCUUUUUAUUGUUGCUAUUUGUGAAGAGAAUAUGAGAAAUAAAAUAAAUAUAA